AUUAUUACUUUAAUGUCAUCGCUACAAAAUACCGGCCCAGGGCCGCGAUUUUGUAGCGAUGUCUUAUUUUGGAAUAGUCUUAUCAUCCACCGCUCACGGCCGGCUGAUCCCGUUGAUAACGCGAGCGGACCGUCGCUCUGACCACUGACAAAGCGCGAUAAGCGCGAAAAGGCACUAUUACUUUAAAGUCAUCGCUACAAAAUACCGGCCCUGUUGCGUGCGGAGAGCCGUUCUUCAUUCUAUGGGAGAGCCAUGGCGGAGAACGUCGCAGCGUGCGCACCUGUUAAGGGACCGCGUGUUUCCGAGGGCCAGCGGGAGACUGUGCUCUCGUUUAUGGAGCAGCAUCCCCAGCUGGCUUCAAGAUCCAGCGAGCUGGGGCCGGGUUUCACCGCUGGCGACCGGCGACGGCUGUGGCAGCAGCUGGCCGACGUUCUAAACGAGCAAGGGCCCGUGGUAAAAGCAGCGGACCAAUGGCAGGAGUGGUGGCGCAAACAGGUCUACGAGGCCCGCCGCGACGCCAUCGCAAUUGCCCAAGUGCAAAGAAGCACUGGAGGGGGCCGCGCACCCGGCUUCCACGGCCGAGUACUGAACUUGACGGGUAUGGUCCGCCUGCGUGGCGUCGCCGACCUCCCCUACCAAGAGCAGGCCGACGUUCCCACUGCUGCAAUGGAGGUCGUCGUCGAGGCUGCGGAUGUGAGGAGCACGGCGACACCGGCAGAGGAUCCACCACGCGGUGCAUCGGACUCAGAAAGGGUGGCCGCUGCACCUGUGUUGCAGCGUCCUGUACGGCCACCACGCCGACAGCGACCGCGACGGGUGGACACCCUCACAACCAUGUCGUCGCAGUGCGCCCGCAGCCUUGAACAGGGCGACGAGAUGCUCCAGGCGCUGCAGAGGAUUGAAGAACAAACCACCCGCAUCGCUGUCGCGGCAGAGAGGACGGCUGUCACGACAGAAAGGAUGGCUGUCGCGGCUGAGAGGACGGCAGCGGCGCAGGAGGGUAUCCUGGUGCAGGUGCGCUCUAUGGCAGGCGACAUAGCUGGGCACCUGCAACAACAAAGGAUGAAUUAA